AUGGAUGUUUCUUCCACUUCCGAUGAUGAAAUAACCCUCUUGCGCACUUGGGCCCUGACUGUCACUCAUGUGGCAUGUGAAUAUACCGAACAGAAAUUCAAUGCAGAGAAGACAGGAGGAGACCCAGUUAUACCUUCUCCAAACCUAGACACUGAUCUGGUGAUGGCUUGUGAUCGAUUGGUUGAUCGGCUCAUAAAGGCAUAUAAAAAUCCCAUUCAGAUGCCGAUCAAUAUUGCAAGAUAUAGCAAAUUGAUCUCCCCGAAGGACACAGGGCAUAAUGAAGAGAGAGAGGCGAGGUUGCUCGAGAGGUGUCCUCCUGGCCAUGAGGGCACAAAGUUGAUUGACAUACCUGCGACAAUUCUUGAUGCAUCCGGUGCCAUCAUCGCAUGGUACCUCCUGGACGCCCUGACCGAUGCCACCCAGAAGGAAAUUUGGGUGGCCUUGGAUUUGCUCGCUCCGAUACUUGAAAAAAGCAUAAAGCUCAAUGGGAAUUGGCGUACUAAUCAAAAGUGGUUCACACCAAGGUCGCAAAAUGAUGUCCUAACUCCCGGAUGCAUUAAUUUAUCUCUGGCAUGGUUUCAGCAGGGGCACGAGAAUCAGGUAGACCCGGCGGUUUCUGCAUCAUUGAAUGGAGCAUCCUCAGAGGAUAUCCUGAAGGCCAUUGCGAGGCCAGCAGCCAUUGCGACAGCAGCACUCAGGGUUAUGCAUCCUGAGCAGUACUGGGCAGGGUUGCGAGCCUCGAAGAAAAAGCACGAAGCAAGCAACUGCCGAAGAUGUCAGAGACUCUCCAGUACUGGGCAACUGUGUUUAACAGCCUCUCCGUGA